AUAAUCUACGUCCAUGGUUGAGAUGUGGCUGAGCGGCAUCUCGAUGGCAUCUCGCAUCGUUCACCAUACUACCCCGUAUCAUGCGCCACCAUACGCCUUCGCAGCUUUUAAUACCUACAUACACCAUAUCCGCAGAGCAAAUCUUAUAUAAACCUUGGCGAUGAUUUUAAACACCCGUGUAAAUUCAUCGACCUUGAAUAAAACCGACGCCAUCUGAAGUUCUGCAUAGUUUAAUUAUUAUACUUGUUUUUUGUGUGGUGAAAUAAUAAUUAUGAUAGUUAUCUAUGGGCGAAACGGUUUAUUGUUGUUCGAGUGAAUAAUAUCGUACAGUGAAAGUGUUAUGAUUUACGUCGAACGCUUCGACGUAUCACCAACAAAAAUACCUCUCAUUGGCAAUUUGUAAUGAUAAUAACAGUAUAAGAAUGAACAAUUGUAUGCAAACGGUAACAUAGAGACUAUAGAUAAUACGAGGCACCCGUUCUCGUUGUGCUGACAGUAAGUGUUAAAGGUGGAAUUAGAUAGUGCAAUAGAGAUGAUGAGUGCUUCCGCAGUGAAAUCGUCCCUGCAAGGAGGAUCGAUGCAAGCAUCAUCAACCACCACCCAUUCCAUACUGCCAAUGAAUAUGAUGGCCCAAAAAGUAGUACCUAGUACCAAUGCAGGACCAGAAUCAAUUCCCGUAAAGCCUCUGCCAGGCACCACACUCAGUUACGCGACGCUGCAACCGCCACCCACUCAGCCUCUCAGUUUGGUGCAGGAUCAUAAGCCACCGCCACAAUCAUCUUCCCCUCCAGCGCGUUUAACUGAAAAAGAACCAGAAACAGAAAAAAAUAUUCCAAAUGGCACAGAGGUGCAAAAACCUGUAAAGACCGAAGAAAGUGAACCAGCUAAAAAGCCGAUUGAAGCCAGCCCUCAAAAUAACAAUCUAAAUACUGAGAAUUCAACACCUCCCCAAGUGGCUGCUGAUUCGAUUACAGAACCACCAGUCACAUCUACGGAUGCACCAGUUGAGCAUCCUAGCCCGCCAGUAAAAGUUGAAGAGAAAAAGACCAGUCUGAGUAAUGGCUCAAAAGAACAUGACGAAAUAUCAAGUGGUACUAGUAGUAAUACACCUGUACAAGUAAAACCACCCGUCGAAGAUGCAGAAAUUACCCCACGGCCUAGUGGUGCAGUAACAACACCUCAAAGUUCUAAGACACCACCAGAACAACCUGCUGUGACAAAUAGUCCACCAAAAACAGAUGUACAAGUUGAAACACCACGCAGAAGUCAUAAAAGAAAAUCUCGGGAAUUGAAAGAUCUCAACAGUUCUACGCUCUCCCCUGAUGCUCCUGGAAAACCAAAAAGAAACCGCAUUAGAACGCAGCCUUAUCAAAGUCCCCUACCAGAGUUGGCAAUGAUUGUUAAAACAUUGAACAAAUCUCCUAGUUCGAAAGCAGCCGAUGAUAAACUUAUUGUGUUCUACAAAAACGAAUUUUUAGCUGUGAGAAACGCCGAAGGUAGCUUCUACGUCUGUCAGGCAAUGCAAAAUAUUUACAAAUCCAGCCGACGCAUUCGUAUUCGUUGGUUAUCACAAGAUAAGAACAAUGGGGAAAUAUAUUCACCAGACUUCUAUGAUUUCACAGACUUCGACUGUAUAUUAACCAACCUCAAUUUGAAUAAAGUGGAUAAAAAUAAAUACCAGCUAACCAAGUUAGAACUUCUACGAACGGAAAACAUACUGAAGCGAGCCAUAGACGUUGAGGCAGGUCUUUCAGAAAAGCCUCGAGUGACUGAAGAGCACCCUGAUGGAUUGGAUCUGUCCCUCUUUAGAGACGAAUCACAGCUAAAAACAACGAAAAAAGGAAGUAAACUAAGACGUGGGGGAAAAUCUUCAAAAACAGAAUCAACCGAUACUGAAGAUAAUCCUGAAGACGAAGAUGAUGAUAAAGUGCCUGCAAAACAGCCAUUGACAAAAAAAAUAACUGGAUCCAAAGUGGCAACAAUUGCUGCUAAAACGAUUAGCAAAGGAGGCAAUAAUAGAGCGGAGCGCGCAGCAACUCGUAGUUCACGAACCUCAUUUCCAAGUGCCGACCUCCCUCUGUAUGCCAAUAAAAAAAGAAUAGUUGAUAAGAAAGUCGAAACUAAAAAAGUCGCAGCUAAACCAGAGAUUAAUAAUGUGAACGCACUACCAAGGAAGCCUAAGGCCUGUCCAACAGCUCCAAAUGUUUCUGGGACCAUUUCUACCUUAAACGCAUUGGGUCGUCCGAAGCGGGCUGGAACAGGUGUUGGAGCUGCAUCAGUCUCCACUACCAGUGAAUCAUCGGCACGUAAGAAGCCACGUAGUCGAGCAUAAAAGUAUGUCUGAUGAUGCAUCACAUUUAAUUUUAUUAUAUAUAUAUAUAGAUAUGUAUGUAUAUAUAUUAUAUAUAUAUAUAUAUUAUACAGUUUAUAGUUUAUAAUAUCGACGAUACACAUGCAAGCCACAUGUUUCAAUUUAUUUUAUUAGAUUUCCAACGAACUUGAAUAGUAAGAAUACUGUUUCUGUAGUUGAUGAUAUACCUAUAGAGGAAUCGAGUUGAGCAUCCCAAAAUAAAGAAAAAAAAAUGAGUGAAACAUACCAAUUACACUUCAUUUAAAUGUAGGUAUAAACCUACAUAUUAAAAAAUACUAGAUACAUGAUUUUGAAUGUGCAUCGUCCAUAACUUAGAUAUCCAAGAUUGGACUACAAAUUUAUGUAAUAUGUAAGAGUUGGUACUAAAAUAUUUAAAUAAGUCUACUGGUGUGUAAUAAGAAGCACUUGUAACAAUCUAUUUUUGAUGUUGUGUGAAUCUAAUAAUUGGUUGGGUAGACCUUUCCACCGCAUAUGGUAACUAUGUACAAAUAAACGUGUCUGGACUAUAAAUGUUCUGUGAAAUAUACAACGUUUGGUAAGAGAAAUGUCAUACAAGUUAACGCAGCAUAAGCCAACCCAAUUACUAGGACAUCGAUUCUGCUACUGCACCACUUUAUAUGAUCAAGAUCACCAACUCACAUCGCAAUUGAAAAUGCAAAACAUCUUAAUCGUAACUUUUUUAGUUUCAUGUCUUUUGUUGUAUCCCAUGGAUGCACGUUAUGCAUUUAAAUGCUGCAUAUAAGUCUUGGCGGUACAUCGGAAAACUAUAAAGUUUUAUUAUCACAUUAUGUGACAAAAUUAUAAGACAGGAAAUUUAUUAUCUGCACAGCAAACAUAUUUUUAUAUAAAUUCUGAGCAGAAUACCUGCUAUAAAUAAAAUUCAAAUUAUAGUUCUAAGCAUGUAAUACUUAGGGGUGUUUGGGUGUGGUAAUAUUUUAAGUCCUAUGAAAUGGGAUGACAAUUGUCAGUCUUGAGUUAAAACACUUGAAAAUAUUUGCGUAUCGGAAAGAAGAACGUUCUGUGAAUCAAAGUAUUGAAUGUUUACUUUUAAAUGGUAAAUAAAUUACCUACAAAUCUGAAGUUAUGUUUUUGUAAUUUCACUAAUCUUGGUACAUAAAGUGUAAAUAAUAGGAUAAAUAAAAAUAAGAUGAAACUACGCUACAGACGCAACAGCGUGAUCAAGUAUGCAAUUUUUUAUGACAUUUACUACAAGAAGUAUCGUAUGGUCAACUAUGUGAUGCGUCUGUAAUAUUGCAGAAUCUAUUACAUUUUGUAAAGAUUUCAUUGAUAAUUAUACAAACAUAUAUAUUGUGUAAUGAUUAUUGAUGGAACAGAAUGAAUGUUGUAUAAUACUAAUUUAUCAGAAUUAUACAGAAAUAUUAAAGUCAAGUAUGUAUUACAAAUUACCUUUUGUAAGGCUUGAUAAAUAAAAUAAUAAGUCAAAAUAUUGAAAACUAUGUAGGAGUAUUAGUUUGUAAAUGAUUUGUCAGUCGAUUAAAUAUUAUGUUAUCCACAGAAUUAAAGGCAAAAAAAAGAUAGUUACAUGCGGUACACCGUGAUUUAAGAUAAUAGUUAUAACUUGACGUUUAUUGAUACAUCAUUUCACAAAUAAACACGUUUCAGCUAGAGAAAAUUUUUAUCUCGAAAAACAAAACUGUACAGAGUCUUGGGUCAAUAGAUUCUUAGAAAGAAAAUAAACAAACUAUCGUCAGAAAAUUAA